GGAGGUCCUUGGCAACACCGAACCAGAUAGACACGAAAAUACAUUGUAACAAGAAUCAGCUAACAUUGUUUACCUAAUGAAUUAAUGCGUCAAGGAACCAAAGAAGAGUCACUGUGUGCCACGGGUCCAAGGAUUCGACAGCAUUCAUAUCUGGAGGAGUGGGCUACUCAAAUUUCAAUCUGGAAAUGUUAUCGACAAUGUUCUGCACUGAUUCGAUGCAUUAAUUCAGAUUUCUAACCUCAACAUCUAGGCUACUGUACAUCAUUCCAAAAAUAAGCCAUGGGGCAUCCUCCUCUUGAGUUCAGCGACUGCUAUGAGGAUAGUCCGGAUUUUAGAGAAAGACUCAAAUGCUAUGAAUUAGAAUUGGAAAGAACAAGCAAAUUUCUCAAAGAUGUAAUCAAAGACGGCAACAGUGUAAUCAAUGCAAUCAAGGGUUAUUCAGUGGCAGUGCAGAAGUUCUCCCAGACACUCGGUGUGUUCCAGUUUGACUUCAUUGGUGAUUCUCUGACAGAUGAUGAGAUGAACAUUGCGGAGUCUUUCCAGGAGUUUGCUGGUCUCCUACAGGAAGUGGAGGAUGACAGGAUGAUGCUGGUUCAGAAUGCUUGUGAUCUACUUAUCAAGCCACUGGAGAAGUUUCGCAAGGAGCAAAUAGGAGUGACAAAGGAAAGAAGGAAGAAGUUUGAGAAAGAGAGUGAAAAAUAUUACUCUCAGUUAGAUAAACAUCUGAAUUUGUCUGCUAAGAAGAAGGAAACUCAGCUGCAGGAGGCUGAUGAGCUGCUGGACAAAGAGAGGCGGAACUUCUAUGAGUCGUCAGUGGAAUAUGUGUACCAGAUCCAGCAGGUGCAGGACAGGAAGAAGUUUGAUGUGGUGGAGCCUGUGCUGGCAUUUCUUCACAGUAUCCUGACACUCAACAACCUGACGGUGGAGAUGACUCAGGACUUCAUGCCCUAUAAGCAAGAGCUGCAGCUCAGCUUGCAGAAUACGCGGAACCACUUUGAGAGCACUCGUGAGGAGAUGGAGGAGCUGAUGAAGAGAAUGAAGCAUCCAACCCAGAUUGGUAAAAUGCACAGCCAACCAGUCAUUGAGGGCUACUUGUACUCUCAGGAGAAGUGGGCCUUGGGUGUGUCAUGGGUGAAGUACUACUGUAAGUAUCACAAAGACAGCAAGCUGUUUGUCAUGGUCCCUGCUGAACCAAAGCCUGCAACCAAACUGGUAGGUCAUAAAAUGGGUCGUAUAAUCUGUAUAAGACACUUGGAACAACUAUCUGUCACAUCUCUGAUAUUUGAUCAGACUCAAUGGAAUGAUUUAAAGGCACAUGAGCUCAUAUAUUACUUGUGUUUUUACUAUUUUAUUAACUUUCUCCAAAGCUUUAAUGUAGAGAUUCUCUCGAGUCCUCUCUCCCCCACCUUUUACCUACACACUCAUGGUUUCUUCCAGGGCCCCACAGAGCUGAAGCUUAAAUCCUGCUUCCGUAGAAAGACAGAGUCCAUAGACAAGCGCUUCUGCUUUGAUAUUGAAACUUGCGAGAGAAACACACCUGUCACACUCCAGGCAGUUUCGGAGGCCAACAGGAAGUUGUGGAUGGAGGCCAUGUAUGGAAAAGAGCCUAUUUAUCAUUCCCCAAUUCACAAGCAAGCUGAAAUGGAAUUGAAUGAAGUUGGAUUCAAGUUUGUGAGAAAAUGCAUCAACUUUGUUGAAACUAAAGGACUCACACAAGAAGGAGUCUACAGAACUGUUGGCAGCAACAUCCAAGUCCAGAAGCUUUUAAAUGUAUUUUUUGACCAGAAAUGCCCAGGGGAUGUGGAUUUCCACAGCAGUGACUGGGACAUAAAAACCAUAACCAGUGCCAUGAAGUUUUAUCUCAGGAGUCUAGCAGAGCCUCUGAUGACCUAUGGUCUCAACAGGGACCUCAUCUUAGCAGCAAAAUCGGAUAAUCUAGAUGAUCGACUGGGUGCAAUCCACUGCCUGACGUACAAACUCCCAGGGAAGAAUCGAGAAAUGCUAAGCCUACUGAUCCAACACCUGGUCAAUGUCUGCGGUAACAGUGGGGACAACCUGAUGACUCCCUCCAACAUGGGUGUGAUCUUUGGCCCCACCCUGAUGAGGGCAAAGGAGGAGACUGUGGCAGCCAUGUUGGAUAUAAAGUUCCAGAACAUUGUUGUUGAGAUUCUCAUUGAGGACUAUACCAAGAUCUUCUGCAGCGCACCAGAUGAGAGUUCCGCAGCUCCACCGAUGCCUCCUCCAAGGAUCACCCCAAGGAAACGGCAACCAAUCACCAUCGCCAAGCGUCCGCUCCGCAUCUGCCUAGCAGUUAAUUGUGGCCAGCUCCAGAACACUGAGAAUGAGCAGAAUGGCAGCAGACCAGAGGGGGUGGAUUUUGGCGGGGACACCCCAACGAGCCCCACACCUCUCCAAAGGACCAAACCCAUCACCGCCCCUCUACGGCUCCACAGGGACACUCAAAGGCAGGCCCUCCUGCCCAAGCCAUCCACCCGACAGGACAGACACUCAGACUCUGACGUUGCCAAACUGGUCGCUAAGCUACAAGACGGAGGUCAGAGGCCAGAUACAGCAGCAACAGUCAAUGGUGAGACAGGAGUCACUGUGAACCGAGCGCAGUCCUUCCAAUGUAGGAGACCACCUCCUCGAAGUGUUGCAGUCAUCAGAGAAGCAAAAAGUGAUGGCAUGAUAAAAACGAGGUCUCUAGCUGAGAAGCCAGCCAUCUGCAGACCUCCAACCAGACCCCCUGACCCCCCUAGCCGAUACCCUGCACCCCACAAGAGCCCCACUGCAGCCCCCAGCGAGGACACCCCAGCGUCGUAUGUUGCUUCCAAAGCCAAGUUUUUUGAGAAUGCUUCAAGGCAAUUUGGAAGCUCAUCGGUCUCACCUCCAGCAUCUACUUUACUCAAUGUGAAAGAGGAGAAUUUAAGUUGAUGAGUCUGUUACCAUGGCCUCUACUCCUGUCACUGACCUGUGGAAUUGCAGUGAGCAUCUGGACACAUACUGUACUGUAGUGGAACAAAGGAAACAGAGUGCAUUUUGUCCUGUCUGUGGACACCCUCCUGCUUGUUGCUAUGAGGGACCCAAUUAACAUGUUUAAUUUGUGAUAAAGCAGCUCCAGUCUAGAUAUUAAAAAACAUCUGUUUAUUAAAGGAGGCCUGUAUAUGUCUCUGUCUGAUUCAGAUCUUGGAGAUUCUGGCAACUGGAUCAAUAUUUAUACAUUCUAUGGGAUCAAACCAAUAAUGAUGUAAUUUAAACAAAAACAAUUUACCUGUUAACUGAAUGAUGUAAUGUUAACUAAAUGAAUCCUAGUCCAAGUGGCUAGUUCCAGUAUACAGUUAUUUGACUUUUAAACUGCUCGAAAACAAGCUACUGUAGCUACCUAAUACCAUUUGGAUUCACAUACAUGUAGGCUAUACUGUAGUACCCUACUGUAACAGGUUGAAAUGAAAGCAAGCGACUCAGUUGUAGCACAAUAUUGUUAACUACAGUGGUAUCUAAUGCAAAACUGAGAGCCAAAGGUGCAGAAGUCUCAGUUGUUAUUUUACUGCUGCCGUUGAAUUAUUUGUUACUUUUAUUUUAAACUUUUUACUUAUCUAUUUUUUUACUUAACACUUAUUUUUCUUAAGAACAUGGGAAUGGUUGUGAUUUUUUUGUUAGAGACACUUUCUCUCUAACAGCAUCUAACAUAGUGUGACAGAGAGUGGAUCCUUAUUCAUUACUUAUUAUUUGCUAUCAUGGUUGGUUAAGUAGGACUUUAACCUUAAGCUUAACCAAAUUGAAUUAUGGUAUUCAGCACAUCAGAAUUCCUGUGGUCUGUUUUCAAUCACCAAAGUGCAUCAUGAACAGAAGGAGUAUAGUCAACAGUCCUAUCAUAUAACUCAAAUCAAAUAACAUUUUAUUUGUCACGUGCCAAAUACAGCAGCCCUUACAGUGGAAUGCUUACUUACAAGCCAACAAUGCUUUAAGAAGUUAAGAACCCUUAAAGCUGGAAUCCCUACAUUCAUAGUGGUGAAACUGCCAUGUUCAUUUGCGAUAUUACAACAACAAAAACGCUUGGACAACCAACACUGUUUCCUUCCCCUUCGUACAUCAUUGCACACACAAUAGAACAGCACAGUAUGUACAACGACUUGUUUUUACCACGAUGCUACUAUCCUCUUCAUAAUCAAAACAAAUAAGAUAUGUGCCUGGGGGCGACUAUUGAUGCUGUUUCAACUCAUGCAGAUCUCAUAACUAAAUUAUUUUGGAUAGUGGAAUCCAAAUUAGCACUGGUUAAUUUGAAGGCUCAGCAGUCCUAGUUUUUGCCAUUGUUAUUUUGUUGAAGCCGAUGGUUGGCAUCUCUCCAUUUCCAUUUGGGUACUGUCAUUCAUACAACACUCCAACAUGAAUGUUUAUUAAGUAGUGUCAUGUAUGUACUGUGACUAAGACCAUAAUUUACUGUUGAAGCCGGAAGUUUAUAUGCAUCUUAGCCAAAUACAUUUAAACUCAGUUUUUCACAAUCCCUGACAUUUAAUCCUAGUAAAAAUUCCCUGUUUUAGGUCAGUUAGAAUCACCACUUUAUUUUAAGAA